UGAUCCUCCUUAAAUGUGUGUGUGUUUUUUUUGUAGGGAAUCAACCCGAGCAAGAGCGAAUCAGGCAGCAUUUCUAGGGUAUGUGCCUUUUUCGAGAUGUGAGUGGAUGUAUCCUUAAGAGUCCCUUACGUCGGCGUUGUGUUCGUGUGUGUGUGUGAUGGACGGAUCCACACUGACGGACAUGUCAGAGGCGAUCUGCUGCUGCUGCUGCUGCUGCUGCUACGAGAUAGGGUUUGUUGGUAGUUUACAAUGUAGCGGGCAACAGGUGGCGUACGACUGAUCGGAAUCAACCGGCCUCGCACGAGAAUCCGAAAAUAAAGGUGUUCCAAAACUCCGAAAUUGUAUCUAGGGUAUGAGGAGUUGCCGUUAUGCAUCAGGGAGUGUUGUUUACAAAAGGCAGUAUAUGGAAUUGGUUGCUUAGGGGCAGUACACUUUGAUGGAAUGGCAUGUGCGCGUAGCAAUUGAGGAUGGGUAGCGAUAUCAAAUUUCGGCGUUUUCACUGGCUCCCUAGUCCUCGCUUGACGACGAAAAACAGACUUGACCGGUCGGUGUGGGAGGGGCUCGUCCAGCAACAUGAUAAAUAUUAGUCGUGCUGAAUGAUUUGCUCGAGGAAGCCCCAAUUGACGAGAAGGAAUCGAUGGGUGGCAUACCGAACGGCGGUGGGUAUGGUUGUGUUUGAUAAUGGGGGGCGAUGUGACGGAAGGACGGUUGUCCCCCCCCCGCAGUUGAGCUGUGUGCCGCUGCUGCUGUGCCAUCAUACAUGAGCAUCCUGUUCGGAUACAACGGGUUAGGGGAGCGUGAGAGCGAAUUACUUCGUGUUUCUCAUCUAGUUUGUUUGUCGCAGGACGAGAGAAAUACACCCCAAGUGCUGUGUGCGUGCCGCGGGCCUGACUGUUAUUCGAUGAGAACAAUCAAUCGUGGGUGCUCU